AUGUCAGAGUCAGCUUCUGAUGCCUCCGCGGCUCAGCAGGCCAGAAGAGAUAGAAUCCGAGUUCGUAUCGGGAGAAGAAGUUCGCGGUUAAUAUCUUUACUCGGUUUCCGAAGCUCUCCUAACGGUCCUACGCCGAGCGCUAUUGAGCCAGGCCGCCCUUCACACACACAAAGUUAUCCUCAGGGAACGCAGUCAUUUCAGUCUCUGUACACACAGCGUACACAGGCUUCUCGGAAUGCAGAUGCUAGAGAGGUCGAAACUGCCCAUGCCCAUCCCCCUUCUUCCGCGAAUCUCCACCGUCGCAGUUCCAGUGUAUUGUUUAUAUCAGUCGGUCAUUCCAAUAGGCAAAGAGAAACACAUAAAGGUAAAACAGAGCCUACAGGGCCUAAAUGUCUUGUGCCACAGAGGAGUCGGUCCACGCCAGCCGCAUUCACCCACCUCGUGUCGCGCAAACUAUCAACUACUUUUGGAAACCCAACGGUUAUUCGUCGUUCACGUCUACGUCAACGACCAAGCGUCCGUAUUGUUGAAUUCCCGGUUGUUUCCAUCCCCAACCUCAAUAAUCAAGGUGAUAGUGCUAAUGAUAGCUCCGAUCCUUCGAGCUCACCUACCGGUAGCGGCUCUCCAUUAAGGGCCAAAUCAACGCCUCCAACCUCGGCAGAGCCAUCUAUCUUCCACGAAAGAGCAGAGCACUAUCAUGACGAUACGGUUGGAUGGAAGCCGACGUUAGGCACACCAAAUCCUGUCACAGGUAGAAAGCUUACUCCAAUCGAGGAGUCUCCCGGCGUGUCACCAACGGUCCGUACUGUUGAAGCUGCUGCGAAUGCUAAGGUCUUCUUCGAAACCUACUUCAGGUCUAUCUAUUCUGAAAUCAACCAACGCUCACAGCGACAGCGAGAACUCGAGCAAUACAUACAUUCACUACCUCUGACACUGGAGGAGAAGAGCCGAGUAUGGCAGAACUGGAUUGUCCAGGAACAAGAAUAUCUUCGCCAAUGCCGAGUGCUCAAGUCGCGCUUCCAUAGUGCUUGCCAUGGAGAGACUGUAUCAGUUGCCGGAUUUGAAGUUCUCAAAGAACUGGGUAGAGGGAGCUUCGGUGUUGUUCGCUUAGUUAGGGAGAACAAAACAGGCGACACUCCUCCUGUGCCGACACGCCAUCGCUCUAAGCCUACCGAUUCUAGGGCAGCCAGAGGGCGCGAGAAUCAUCGUCGGAAAGUUAUGGCUGGAGAGAAGAAGGACGUCUUUGCCAUGAAGGUCAUCCGAAAGUCAGCGAUGAUACGCAAUAGUCAAGAGGGCCACCUGCGCGCUGAGCGGGAUUUUCUCGUGGCGUCCGCAAAGUCUCGCUGGAUCGUCCCUUUGAUCGCAAGUUUCCAGGAUAUCAAUUAUCUAUACCUCAUCAUGGACUACAUGGUUGGUGGUGACUUCUUGGGUCUGUUAAUGCGGCGAUGCAUUUUACCUGAAGAUAUCGCCAAAUGGUACGUUGCAGAGAUGGUACUGUGUAUUGAGGAGGCACAUCGACUUUGCUGGAUUCAUCGGGAUGUCAAACCAGAUAACUUCCUAAUAUCCGCCUCAGGACAUUUGAAAAUCUCAGACUUUGGUCUGGCCUUUGAUGGCCACUGGGCCCAUGACCAAGUUUACUAUAACGAUCACCGGUACUCUUUAGUUAAGAGGCUAGGAAUUCAAGUUGAUGGCGAUGUUGAGGACCAGAAAGAGGAACGAACAAGAAAAGCCCAACAAGGCCCGUUAAACAAUAUCGACGACACAGGUACCUUCAUGCCCCCUUCGGUAAAUCUUCUUGAAUGGCGGGAUAAACAUCAGAUGCGAAGGCUGGCAAGGAGUGUAGUCGGUACUAGUCAAUACAUGGCCCCUGAAGUCAUUCGGGGAAGUUUGUAUGAUGGCAGGUGUGACUGGUGGAGUGUUGGGAUUAUCCUUUAUGAAUGUUUGUACGGCUUUACACCGUUUGCUGCAAAAGAUCGAGAAACGACGAAAUGGAAGAUUCACCAUCACCACCAAACAUUACAUUUCCCGGGAGAGUGGGAUACGGACAGGAUUGUCUCACCGGAGGCAAGUGAUUUCAUGAACCGCUUACUCCAGGAGAAAGAGUAUCGGCUCUCUUGUGAUGCGUACCGCCAAAAUGAUGUUUUGAAUUCUCGAUCAACAGCAAGACAUCUCUUGUCCAGUAUUGACCCCCAGAGCCGAAGUUAUCGAAACUUCUAUGUGUACCCUAACGAUGCAGCCGAUAUUAAAGCCCAUCCAUUCUUUCGCGGCAUCAAAUGGGAACAGCUCCAUCAGUCCAGUCCGCCCUUUGUCCCAAAAGUUAAAGGCUGGGAAGAUACGAGGUAUUUUGAAGAUGCUGGAAGCGUGGUCGACAAUGACGACAUUUCGAUCACCACGGAUGCCCAAGGUUCCAGCGAUGGGGCAGACGAUACAGGACAUAAACUAAAGCUCAUGCAGAAUCAGGCAGAGUCACGGCAAAGGCAAAAGGGGCCUGUCCCCAACGAGAACACUUCCAUUGUUAAAGAACCCUCUGCUAAGGCGCUGAAGAGACAGAAAAAUAGCAAAAGACCGAGGGAUAAGAUGCUACGGGACAAAAGGAUUCAGAAGACCGUCCUCAAAAUACGCAAGGAGGGAGCCUUCGUGGGCUAUACAUAUCGCCGACCCAAGGCUGUUGCAAUGGCCUUCGCUCCCGAAAGGGGCCGGCGCUACCUAUCACGAGGACAUCUGUCCGAGAUCUAUGGAUUGUAG